GUGCACGAUGCGACGGCGGAAAUCGUCAGUUCAUCAUGCGGUACAGGCGAUGCUGGAUCGCGAAUGCGGAAUCAAACGUCGGAACGCGUCCACAUCGAUUCCGUCAUCGCAGUCGCGUUUCCGCACGGAAGAACGACAGAUUUCGCGACGGAAACCUGAGACAGAGAAGGAGAGAGGUCUUUCAAUAUCAAUAUUUGCUUUCCUCUCGCGGAAAAUCAACAUCUCCCGGAAUCAGCCGAGAGUCUUUCCGGCGAGUCUUUCCGAUCUCGAUAUCCAUCGAUAAUAAGAGUAAUAGUUUCAUCGUACGCAAUUUUUCUUUUUUUUUACGGAAAAUGUGCUACCUAUUGUUACUUGUCUUACUGCCGAUCGCAGCCUCAGAGCUGUGCGAGCCUCCCGAGUAUCAUUACUACAUGUGCCAGAAUAACACUCUUUCCUGCCCCGACAACAAGAGAUGCGCAUUCAUCGAGCACUGUCCGGCGAUUGCGUCUCUGAUGGAUCGAGACGAGCUUCCUGUUCACAGAUUGCGACAGGCAGUGUGCGGGUACGAUCGAACGCGCGUGAAAAUCUGCUGCGGCCCGUACGAUCACUCCGAGCAGCCGUCGUACGCGAAUUCCGACCUUUACCCUGCGCGAUCGUCGCCGAACUUGCAGUGCGGAAAGAGUCUUAUUUGGAACAACCUGAACACUCUAGGAUCGUAUCCCUUUGUCGCAAGGAUCGGAUUUAUAAAUAUGUUAACUGGUGAAACGAAAUACUCGUGCAAUGGCGUGAUUAUUAGUGAGCGUACAGUAUUAACUACAGCUACAUGCGCACUCGCGAAAUCGGAGAGAUACAAAUUAUGCUCUGUGCUUGUCGGUGAAUAUAAUACAGAGUCUGAUCCGGAUUGCAAUGAGUUAUUUUGCGGGCGCGAAACCAGUAGCCACGACAUAUCGUACGUGAUCAAACAUCCUGGCUACGACGCUGCGACUUUCUCCAACAACGUAGCCUUGCUUCGCCUAAAGAAGACCAUCGACUUCACGGCCACAGCGCAACCUAUAUGCUUCAUACCGGAGGACAGAUACGUUAGCUUGGGAAGUACAUGCACUGUCGUCGGAUGGGGAAGACUGUCCGGUCAGAAAGCGCAGCCAACGACGCAACAGUCAUUACAGCUAAAACUCGUACCUAAGCAGCAGUGCUCGGACUACCUGAACCAAGGUUUGUCCGUCGAAUUAUGCGCCACAGGAAGCUGCGAACCCUGCUCCGGGUACAGCGGCAGUCCUAUGUUGUACAAAUAUGCGGACACAUAUUUCCUGGUCGGAAUCCUAUCAUAUGGGUCUAGCUGUGACUCGACGACCACCGUUUUCCCGUCUGCAUUUGUGAACGUACAGAGGUACACAAAGUGGAUCUUAGAGAAUUACUGAGGCCACGAGAGAACGCGAGCCGUUCUCACGAGUUCAAAGACACC